AUGGCAGCCACUCUCUCCGUCCGGCCCCACCGCUUCUCCGCCGGCUCCUCCUUCCCUCGCCCUCCCGUCCGCCGACCCGGCCCGGCCCGCUUCCGUAAACCCGACGACCAAUUCGAACCCUGGAGAGCCUCCAUCGUCCUCUCCCGCCGCCCAUUAGCUCCGCCCGUCCAAGCCAGCUCCCGAGCCGACGACUCCGUCCCGUUCGAGAUGUCGGUGGAGAACGCCCUCAAGCUCCUCGGUGUCUCCGACGGCGCGUCCUUCGAUGAAAUCCUACGCGCCAAGAAAAACAUCGUCGCUUCCUGUAAGGAUGACCAGGAGGCCAUUGCUCAGGUUGAGGCGGCCUACGAUAUGUUACUUAUGAGAAGCUUAACUCAGCGGCGAGCGGGCAAAGUUGUAAAUAGUAGCGUUCGGUAUGCUGAUGUAAAGCCGGUGAAUGCUCCUCCAAUGCCUCAGUGGCUUCAGGCUACUGUUAAGAAUCCGCCUGUUGCAGUUGAAACACCGUCGACAAGUGAUCUGGGUGUACAAGCCGGUGUGUAUGGAGCUUUGAUGGCCUUGACUUAUGUCAAUGGAACUUCAACUUCUUCUUUGCCGUAUGGGGGAGCUGAUGUUCCUGGACUGAUCCUGGCUGGUAGCUUUGGAGCUUCCUUGUACUUCAUGACCAAAAAGAAUAUUAAGUUAGGGAAGGCUACUAUCAUAACUAUAGGGGGACUUGCAGCUGGUGCAGUAGUUGGUUCAGUAGUAGAGAAUUGGCUCCAGGUAGACAUUGUUCCAUUUCUUGGCAUACACUCUCCUGCUGCUGUAGUAAGCGAAUUUAUUCUUUUCUCGCAAUUAUUGGUCUCCCUAUAUUUGAGGUAGAGCUAAGAGAAAUUUGUAACUGUGACAUAAAUGGUGAAAUCUGUAAGUAUUCAUUGUCACGAACAUACCCAAGGCUUUUCUCUUCUUUUUUGGUAGGAUGUGUAAUCAUUGCAUGCUGUACAAAACUAACAAUAGAAAGUUAU